AUGAUCGUAUGGGCUGUAGGUACCACCAAUAAGGCGAAGGUUGAGUGUGUUGCUACAGCCGUUCGUACUUGCUUCCCGGAUAAGCAGCAUGAUGUCAGACCUGUGCCAGUGGCAUCUGCUGUUCGCGCACAGCCUAUGUCCGCAGCGGAGUCUCAGCAAGGUGCACGAUACCGCGCCAAUGAGGCUCUGCGCCUCAUUCCUGAUGCUCACUACGGGGUAGGGCUGGAAGGAGGCCUAGAGAAGAUAGAAGAACGUUGGUUUGAGUGUGGCUGGAUGUACGUGGUGGAGCGAUCGACUGGACGGCACGGGAUGGGCUCUUCCGCACGUUUUGAAAUGAGCCAGAGGCUAAUGUCUAAGAUUCUUAACGAGGGUAAGGAGCUGGCAGAGGUGAUGGACGAGCUGACAGGCCAAACAGAUGUGAGGUCUGGGCAGGGUGCAAUGGGGAUACUGACAGCUGGUUACUUGAACCGUGCUGACUGUUAUUUGCAUGGACUAUUUUUUGCACUUGCUCCAUUCCUGUCCGACCGAAAGUACUGGGAUAAGUGA